AUGGCAGACGCUUUGGACCCGGUCGUUAAUGUCCACGAAGGCGUGUGGACAAAUUACUCGAGAGGCAAAGUAUGGGGUCUUACUUGGACACUCUGUCCGACGCAUGCCGUUAUCAUGACCAACGCGCUGGCUAUUCUUGUUACGGUUUGCGGCGUGCAGCUGUUCAACAUCAUACGAUACACGAUAUACCGGUUCGGUACUUCUACUCGGCCAGAGACCCCACAUUUGCAGAAACAGCAGAACAUAUUGAAGGUUGCCGUCAGCGACAUGGCAACCGCCCAGAGCAUGCUGAGUUUGGCAUGGAAGCACCGGCGAAGCUCAGGCAAGCGCUCUAUACGGGCAUACACAAUCGGCCUCUUCGCCGUUCUCUACACAGUCCUUUUCUGGGUCGCAGGAAUCUUUUCCAACAAAGCAAUCAGUACCAGCUCGACGUCCGGCCCUUGGGAGGUCCUUUCAAGAAGCAAGGGUUGUGGUAUAUGGAACCAGACAUACUAUGACCAGAUUUCCAGCCUAGAUAUUUCCACCGAGGACAACUUUGACAUGCUGGUACAGUUCAAAUCGAAGAAAGGACAGGACGUCCAACUGAGUCUCGAAUAUGCUCAGAAAUGCUACUUCGCCCAGUCUUCUGCCCCUAAUAUGUCAUCGACCUGCAAGACCUUCAAGACACCCAGCUUGAGCACCAGCUAUGAGAAUGGAACGUGCCCGUUCCCUUCCCACCUAUGUCACGACAACUCAAAGACCGCCGUCCUGGACACAGGUUAUCUCGACUCCCACCAUGAUCUGGGCAUCAACGCAAAGCCUCAAGACCGCUUGAGGUACCGAAGGGUUACGACUUGCACAGUAAUCAAUGAUACCAACUAUAUCACCGGAUGGAACGACAAAGUGGUGAACACCUCGAGCGCCCAGGUUUCUCCGGCCACAGCUUAUGCAAACUUUGGACCGUCGAACUACAAGUACACUAAUUGGACCUACUCGUACUCAAACUUCGCCUCUUUCUUCGACAUGUUUAGCAGUCAAGUGAUACUACCGUAUCAGCUGGACCCUGAGAUGGCCUACGCUCCAGCCGAUCCUCAGUACAGUGUAAGUGAUUUCGAGCCCAUUGAAGGCCUGGCACCGAUCAAGGCCGACCUGGUGCUGCUCUUCCUCAGCUAUACGGGAAUGUAUACUACACAGGUCGAUGAUCCAUGGUUCGCGGCCCAUGAAGAGGCAUUGUUUGAAGGUCCAUAUCCGUAUCUUCAGAGCCGUUUUGCGCGCGACAAGCCAAUCAGCACUUUAGGUUGCACCGAGCAGCACGACUUUUGUACCAGCAACGGCACCUGCACUGGCCUCGGUGGAUUCGAUCAAGUACAAAACGUCGCCGCAUUCAACAAAGCCCUCACACGUCACCAAAAUGUCACAUUCGAUCGAUUGUUACGAGCGACCAGUCUUGCGAGUCUUCAACAAAUUACCAUGAACCUCGGAUUCACCACUAAUCCGCUGCUGGCGAGCAAUGCGACAUAUACUGGCAGUAGUGGCGCCGUAUUGUCCGCUCCGUUGCCGGAGAACCAGUGGAAGCUUGAAUUAGAAUACUGGCACUCUAUCGCAAUGGCGCAUCUGCAAAGGACUGCGUUCGAAUGGGCGACGGGCCAAAUAGCGCCCACGCCACAACGCGUCCAAUACCUGGUACCACCUCAAGAAGAGCCUGAUAUCUGGUUUUGCAACAGCAUGAUCCUCAAGUCAGCCGCCUACCAAUCCUUCAAUCUUGUGGCGAUAAUCUUGAUAGUCAUUUUUGGGACCCUGAUAAUCAUUUUUGGCCUAAACAAGGAAAACUUUACCGUCCUACUCAGCAAAUACCCGAGAAGGCCAAAGAGUGAGCAAAGUUGGGAAGACGAUGACAUGCUUGACCUUGGAAGCCCAUGGGGACCUCGGACUCUACCAAGGCAACACCGCCAGCACGAUCGUUUCAGCCCGGAAAGCCCUUCCACAGAGCCUGAAUUGAUCAAGAAAACACGGGUCCCAAGCAUUCGCAGAGUUUCCUCUCCUACACUCCCACCGGAAGACCGUACAAUGCCCAAAUUGGACCGUCCGUUGGGCACUGUCGACAGUGGAAUUGGCAAGGAAAUGCUACCGCCUCCUAGACCACCUCGAAGCUCGUGGAUAGCCAUCAGUCUGAGCAGGUUUGACGGGUUGUCGCCAGAAAUACCAGGUCAAGUCCCCAACAACAACGAAGUGCGUCCAACCCGAGAGCCAUUGAACGGGCCUCCACCUACUACGCUUGUUUCUGACGCCCCGCCCUCGAACCGACCGCUGAGCCGAUACCUGGGUCCUUGGAUAUGA